GAAAUUUAGGUCUCAACAGGGAAACAGGGAAGAAAAUUCAAAAUGUUCCAAAAUCUAGGGAAAUUUUGACCAACGGACUCACACCCUUCAUCCGCAGUCCCCACCCUUGUCCUCCUCCCAUCCUCUUCACCCGUCAUCCGUACAAUAAUUAUUUGUAUUAAUUUUUAUCAAUUAUUUAUUGUUUCCAUUCCCUCUCAAUUGAAUUUCAAUCCACUUCUGAGGUCUCUCUCGAUCACUAUAUCCUUCCUCUACCGUUCACUCUUCCUUCCCUCAUCCCCAAACAGCGUCAUGACUUGUACGAGACCCGUACACCGUCCCUUCCCUUUCCUCCCUCGCCCUUGCUAGCUAGCUGAACCUGUAUUCUACGAGACCGAUAGAGACCCGUAUUCACCCAGUGUCAUGACACGUAUGAGAUCCGUAUAUCGUCCCUCCCCUUCCUUCCCUCGCCCCUGCUUGAUAGCUGAACGUGUAUUUCUACGAGACAGAGACGCGUAUUCACCCUGUCCGCUUCCUACGAGUCCAGUAUUACGAAUCUGCCUCCCUCAGUCUUUCAUACACUGUCGCUCAGCUCAGUUAGGUCUGGAAGUCUCUGAAGGAUUCUAUUACUGGAAAGAUUUAUGCAUUGCACACUAGAGUCUCUGCUGUCUUGCAUACCAUUCUUGAGUUGUACAUGAAGCCAAGUGUCUUAGAAUCAACACCAUUAUCAGCUGUCAGGGUAAAAGACCCAAACAAUUUCGUUAAAUUGGAAGAGCUAUAUCUUGGAGGACGAAUAACUGCAUCCCUUCAGAAAUACCAAAACCUUGACAAGCAGCAACUGGACACGUUCUAGUUGAGAUGUCUGGACUUUUACAUAGAAGGAGCCUCUCAAAUUUUGCAAAGGUUUAAUCUCAGUGAUUCUGUAUUUACAAAUCUCAAGGCUCUAGAUCCACAAAGUGUACUGAUGAAGACAAUUCCCUCUGUUGCCCCCCUAGCUGCUCAGUUUCCUAACUUGGUGUCUGAAAAUGACUUAUAUGAGAUAGACGGUGAAUGGCGUUUACUGAAAAACACUGAACUGAAUGUAGAACCUGAUAUUAAUGUAUACAAGUUCUGGCAAAAGGUUGGAGACUUGAAAAAAGGUGAUGAUUCCCCAUUAUUUUCACUACUAGGAAAUUUCAUGAAAAAACUGUUGUGUCUUCCUCACUCAAGUGCAAGUGUUGAAAGGGUGUUUUCUCAAGUGAAUUAAUGAAGACCAAAGUUCGUAAUUCAUUGAACACAGAAUCGCUAAAUGGAAUGCUUCAUGCAAGGAAAAUUUUUGAAAAUUCAUCAGCUCACAGUUUCAAAGUUACACCGGGGCACUUGGAACUUAUGACAGCUGACAUCUACAAAACUUCAGAUCUACAGGAAUAGCAAUCAUUCUAGUGCUGCUUGGGAGAAGGCCGAGACAACGUUGCUGCGUCAGGGAAUGAACCAGUGGCCGUCACCCCAGAGAGCAGCCCUCGACAAGUGUGUGUUCUCCUGUCGUGGCUGCAAUGCAGAGAACAGAUAUGGAGAAAGAUUCUGUAUGGUGGCAACGUUACGUAAUCAUUGUUGGAAUGAUCAUCAUCGGUCUCGGUCCUACAGCAUUCCUUAUGGUUGCUUUUAUGUACGAGUCUCUCACAGGAUCCACUACUUUGGCCCUCUUCUCCAUCAGCUGUCUGUGCACCAUGACAGCCUACUUAAUUACCCAAACAUACCUUCGCCCGCGCCCACCACACCAUGCACCGCUAACACAGACUGAGGACGUUGAGAGCGGCCAAGGCGAUGCAUCCUCGGAGGAUGCUCCCCCCAUUUACGAGACCGUGGUGGCCAAGCCACCACCUUACGACAGUUUGUACGAGAGCUGCAACUUGCCAGUCUGUGGAGGGGAUGACGAAGAGGCUGAGCCAGGUGUGAGCGACGGCUCCAAAGAUUCUGACUUGCCCACCUAUACACAGGCAGCACAAGCCCUAACACCUGUCUGAUCGUCAAUGUUUAAGCAAUUUUGCUAAGGAAUUUCAGUGUUACUUACUGAUGGUCGUGAAUCAGGCUUGUAGUUUCUCUCAGAAUGGAUCUGUUUGGAUAUUCAUUGUUAACAAGGAAAUCCAAGUUAUGGUCUAACUUUCAAAUCACUUCAGAAUAUCUUGUCUAUGACAACCUGUGCACCACAGAGAGACAGAACCAAGUGGAGACAUGAUGUCUCCACGAACUAUUUUGCUAGUGAAGUGAAAAAAAGUCAGACCACGAUAGAAGCAUCAUUUUGUUUGUGAUUAAGAAAAACAUAAGCCGCAGCUCUAUCAUCUUACUUCAUAAUCAUUCACGAAUCAUGACUGCAAAGCACCUUAGAAGUCUGACAUGUGAGGUAUGACUUGGUAGCAAUGAUAUGUUGAUAUUGAAUGCUGGAGAUAGAUAAAUGUUGUGAAUAUAUACAUAAAAUGUGUGUGUGUGUGUGUGUGUGUGUGUGUGUGGAUGGAUGGGUAGGUGGAUGUUAGAGUUCGUGCACUCUCAUCCGCCUCCUCCACUUUCCCUCAGCGCUCAUGUGGUUUACUUGGGCAGAACAUGUUGGCUGUAUCAUUUGCAUCCUUCCGCUACUGAUCUGAUGGGCUGAUGGUGAACUCGAAUAUGGUGUGCGUGGAUCUUCAUUAUUUAGUUAUUCUAUGAAGAAAAAGUCCCAUUGCACUCAUAUAAAUGCCUGUGGAAAGGCUGUUCAUUGCACCAUAGAAUAACGAGUUUGGAGGAGUGCAGUGAAGGACUGUAGACUGGCUGUCAGAAGACUGACACGAUCCACAAUAAUGUGUAAUGUGUUUUCAGAUUCUGGUCAUCUAAUUCACAAAAGAGAAACGUAAAAUUUUAUUCGUAACGAAUUUGUAGAGUAACGUUAUUGGAAUAUUAUAUGAUAUUAUAAUAUUCAGUGAGAAGGAGCAGGUUCCUUUGAAAUUGGUGUAUGUAGACUCACUCAUAACAUGGCAAUAAUUAUGAAGUAUACUAUUUCAUAGCCAUAAAUUGUUGCUUAGUAAAUGAAAGUUUUGUUCAGCAUCCAUGCAUGAAUAUGCUGGUUUGUAACUACGUCAGGCUUAGGUCGUGUUACAUGUUACAGGGGCCGCCGUGAUACAGUGGAUCCGUGCGUGCUUUGGGGUCCGAGGGGUCUCCAAGCGCACGGGUUCGAAUCCUGUCUACGGUCUGAGUGUAGGUUGGGCUUCCUCACUCGGGGCAACGGUUUCCUAGCGGGUGGGCUUUGAAAUAGGAGGUAGCCUUAAUAAGUAUCCCCUUUAGCCCAUAAACUCCCGUGAAAAGCCCACAUGGUAUAAAAAAAAAAAAAGGUCACGUGUAGAGGGUGCCGAAUGAUUUCGUACACAUCGUCACAUGAUAAUGAUGUAUCAAUAUGUUAUCAAUGACAGAGAAAAAUCAUCAUAUCAAAUUUCUCGUUGAGUUUACAAAACCUCAGAAUCAACGUGAAGGUAAAUAGAAAUGUGUAUUGCACCAAACAGAUGCAGUAUUUUUUUUUUUUUUUUUUAUUUCUCAUGAUUUGGGUAUAAAAUAUGAUUUCUUACAAAUUUCAAAAGUGCUGCAACAUUAGACAUUUGGUACACUGAGAUGAGACACAUACAUAUACGAACCCAAAACUUUAUGUUAUCGCAAUAAUUCAUUUCUGAAUGUACUAAAAAUAACUUUGUAAGAGUUGAAAUAAACCGUGACUACUAUCAA